AUGGAUAUCAUCCAAGAAAUAAUCACAACUAUUGGUUUAAUACCACUGCCGGUGUUGGUUUUUGGUGCUGUUGUAGGCUACUUGCUAUACUGUUCCAUCACCACGCCGAAAAAUUUACCUCCGGGCCCUUUUGCUUGGCCCGUCAUAGGAAACAUGUGGGACUACUCCCGCUUAAAGGGACCAUUGAGCGAUACGUUUGCAGACCUGCGACUGCGGUACGGGAGUGUUUUUAGAAUAUAUUACGGAAAGCAUUUGAUAGUCGUUGUGAGCGGAAGAAGUGUUUUUAAAGAAGCGUGUUCCCUGAAAGACGUCUUCCGUCGCCGACCGAGCUGGCAGUGGGCGACGGACCGACUCCAUCGAUCCGUUGUCAGAAAGGAAAGAUGGUUCAAUAACGCCACCUGGUUUGCAAUGCUGAAGAAAUCAAUCAGUUACCAGGAGCAGAUAACUCCAACCACUGGAAUUGAAAUGAAAAUAUCCAAUCAGGCGAAACUGCUUACGGCGAAGCUGAAGAAGAAACCAGGCAGCGGGGUGCCGCUUGGACAACUUAUUGAUGCUUGUAUGGAAGAUAUUAUCUGUGACGUCACAGUGGGAUCAAAAUCAUCAUUCAGGAGCGUACUAAAUACUUUAUUUCCCAAGUCCUGUUUCCAGGAUUCUAUUCCUUCUAUCAGGGUGCUACCCAGCGAUGAAGAGAACGUGCAUCGCCGACUAACGUUAGACUCCGAGUCACGUGACACUGUCAACACAAUCCUGACCAGUCAUAGAGCCUCAUAUAAAGGUGACAACAUCCGGGACUUCACUGACCUAUUCAUCAAAGUACAGCUCGAAAGAAGAAACAUAUAUAUGUUUGAUAAGGCGACGUAUCUGCAAAGUCUGUCGACUUUGUUGUUAACCGCUCCAAACCACGUGACGUGUGUUCUCCAAUGGGCUUUUCUGCUGGUUACAGUUCACCCGAAAGUCCAACGAAAAUGUCAAGAGGAAAUCGACACGAUUGUAGGAGAAAACGAAGAAAUAAGGUUUUCCAACAGACCAGCUCUACCCUAUGUUAGAGCAACGAUUUCUGAAGUGAAACGCUAUGCAAACAUUAUGACGCUGUCCUCGCCGUACACUGUGACAACAGACACAACUAUUGGCGGACACUCGAUACCGAGAGAGGCGCUCGUUCUGUUUGACCUCCGACCCGUGCUCACCGAUCCAGUGACGUGUGUCCAUCCUGAGCGAUUCCAACCGGAACGUCACGUCGACUCGGCUGGGCGUGUUAAUGAACCGGACCCUCGUAUAGAUGAAUUUGUCGGUAGUCAGAUGGUGGACCACCUUUCUGAGAUGACAUCAUUUUUAUUCUUCGCCAACAUCUUGCGAGAUUUUAGUUUAACAAAGUUGGAAAGUGACGUACUGAGCCUGGAAUAUGACCGAGACGCGGCACCAUGCCCCGCCCCAUACAACGUCAUAGCAACACAAAGAUGA